AUGGCCCCGAGGCAUGCGCGCGCGACUCUUGCGUCCGCGCUGGGGCCGCCCCCGCCUGCAGCGUACGUGGGCGCCAUUUUCGCGCGCCCCAUCCGGAAUGCGGCCAACUCCCUCGAGCGUCGCCUCAACGAGGUGAGCGGGGCCAUCAACGCCGGGGUCGAGGAGGCGCAGGAGAGCAUCGAGGACAUUGCUAUCCGCAUCGCCAACCUCGAGAAUCAGCGCGCCGGGCAGGCCGAUGCCCUGACCGCGCCCCGGAGCGACGACGCGGCCAUGUGGGGCCGCGUCAAGUCGCUCGAGGAACAGUUUUCAGAGCUAAGGUUGUCCAGCAUGCUGCAGCGUGAAAAUCAGUCGAACACCGCGGGCGAAGCUAUGCUGGAGCUUGCAACAGUUGUAGGAGAGUUGGUUGGAUUCGGUUCUGUGUCAGCAGCAACUUCGCGGGUCAAUGCUGCGCUUUCUUCGUUGUCUGCUCCUGCGGCCGUUGACGUAUGCUCCAUGGGCGACUUCGAAGACAUUCUCUUCGUGUUAUUCGCUAGCGAAGCCGAUCGAGACUUCGCGGCGUGUCUCUCGUUGCCGUGGCGGGCGGCCCCGUUCGCCGUGGCCACCAGCUUCGAGGGCAGACUCCGCGUCAAGGGAAGAGAUGGCGCCAGCCUGGACGUGCGGAUCGUGAGCCACCGGCGCAGCGCCGCGUUCACGAACUUGGUGACAAAUAUCGUCCUGGACGCCACAGGGUGGACCUCCGAAGACUUGGCGCAGGCCGCCUUCGGCCAGUACAGCAUGAAGCGCGUCAGCGACCAGCCGCUGGCCGAGUGCUGCCUGCAGGCCGAGGGCCUCCUGAGGACUCUUCCGAGCGACGUCUUGGACAGAUCCUACUGGAUAUGCCUCUUUGCAGUCGACAUUCAUCGCGCCGAUUGCGGAGACUGCCCGCGCUGCCGCGCGACGGAGGCGUGGAAGCGCGACCCCGUGGCGCACCUCCGAGCGAGCAGCUGCCUGUCCUGCGGCACCGCGAAACGCCUGCCCUGCCCGUCCGCGGCGUCCGCGGAGACGCCGAAGGUGGCGUUCGACCGGCCCGACUGCGAAGUGAACAAGUUUGGUGCCAUCGCGAAGCGAAUGGACUCCGUGAUGCUUUCCCUGGACCCCAGCCUCAGCGCCCUGAGGAGCCCCCGCGUCGUCGCGGAGGUCUCCACCGCGCUGCGCCUCUGGCCCGUGCAUUUCCGCCUGGCCUUCGCGCUGCGGCAGGACGGCCUGGACUGGCUGAGGGGCCACGCGGAGGAGCUCGUGCCUUCCCUGGAGCAGGGCGAGGUGCAGCGGCCGCCCCCGCGGCAGGCGCAGCCCGCAGGAGGCCUUGCCUCGCCGCACCCGGCCGCCGGCGCCGGCGACAAGCUGGUCAGCUGCAUCGCGGGCCUGAAAUCCCCGGGGCGCCCGCCGAGGGUGCGGCGGGGUGAGGAGCGGGGGCCCCGCGGCUUCGGGGGCGGCAUGCGCGCGGCAGAGCUGCCGGACGACGCCCGCAGGGACCUCGAGAAGGUGAAGCACCUUGAGAUGGACUUCACCUGGCUGGGUACGGGGCUGAAGAGCAUAUCGGACAGCCUCUGCGACACCACCGCCCUCGACGCGCUACAGCUGGAGAGCCUCCAGGUCGUCCUGGACCGCUGCAAGGAGGUGCACGACCUCGGGACGCUGGGCGAGGCGCUCCGCCGCCAAGCCGAGCUGCGGAGCCUGGACGCGAGCUUCAGGUUCUGCUACAAGCUGGGUGACAGCGCGCUGGCAUGCUUCGCCGCAGGCCUGCCGACGUCCCUGACCGACCUGGACCUGAACUUCUGCUUCUGCGUCCGGGUGGGCAACGAGGGGCUGACGGCGCUCGCCCAGCAGCUCCCAGGCUCGCUCCGGCGGCUGCAGCUGAACUUCGCCUCGUGCGACGGCCUGACGGACAGUGGCGUGGCCUCGCUGGCGAAAAGGCUGCCGCCAGACCUCCGGUCACUCGACCUGACGUUCAGCUGGAUCGGCGACGGGGGCAUGUCCGCGUUGGCCGCAGGAAUGCCGGCGGCGCUGGAGGAGCUCGAGAUCAAGUGCUCUCUAGGCAACGUCAACCUGACCGACCGGGGCCUCGCCGCCCUUGCCUCCCGGCUGCCAGACGGGCUGCAGAAGAUCAACCUCACCCUGGCGCACACGGGCGCGAGCAUGGCCGCGCAGGCCCUCGGCAGCAGCGUGCAAGGCCUCCGCGACUGGCGCUCGAAGGCCCAGCCCGCGGAGCCCGCUCUCGCGUGGCCGGACGGGGCCGCCGCCUUCAGGCUGGUGGACGACGACCCCUCGCUGGACGCGACGCACGUCGUGGCCAAGCGAGCGGUGGCGUUCUGA